GGCAGCCCCGCAGCCCACGGGAAGUGUCGUCCUGCCGCAUCCGGGGGCAGGAUCCGGCGGAGCGUGUGCCGUGCCCGGUGUGGCGCUUGCGGUGCGGCCAUGGCGGACUCCACGCAGAACGGGCCCAUGCCAGGCGGGGCCGGCGGCGGGGCUGUGCAAUUUCUGAUGGCUAACAAGUUGGAUACAGCAAUGUGGAUUUCCCGCUUGUUCACAGUUUACUGCUCAGCUUUAUUUGUCCUGCCUCUUCUAGGGUUGCAUGAAGCAGCAAGCUUUUAUCAGCGUGCCUUGCUGGCAAAUGCUCUUACUAGUGCCCUCCGACUGCAUCAAAGGCUACCACACUUUCAGCUUAGCAGGGCAUUUCUGGCCCAGGCUUUGCUGGAGGACAGCUGCCACUACCUGCUGUACUCCCUUAUCUUUGUGAAUUCCUACCCUGUUACAAUGAGUAUUUUUCCAGUUCUGCUGUUCUCAUUGCUUCAUGCUGCCACAUACACAAAGAAGGUUCUUGAUGCACGAAGUUCAAAUAGUUUGCCUUUUCUGAGAAAUCUCUUAGAGAAACUGAAUGCUAAUCAACAGAAUAUUCUAAAAUUCAUUGCUUGCAAUGAAAUUUUCCUCAUGCCAGCUACAGUUUUUAUGCUCUUCAGUGGACAAGGGAGCCUGCUCCAGCCAUUCAUUUACUAUAGGUUUCUUACGUUACGCUACUCUUCUCGGCGAAAUCCGUACUGUCGGACUCUCUUCACUGAGCUCAGGAUUGUUGUUGAACACUUAAUAAUGAAGCCCUCGUGCCCUGUUUUUGUAAGAAGACUAUGCCUCAGCAGCAUUUCCUUUAUAAGCAGAUUGGCACCAACUGUUGCAUAGCCAAAUUUCAGGCACUCGUGUUUUGUGAACAUUAUGAGCAGCUGGCACUUCUGCUGACGAUUAGAAAUUUCUGAUUUUACACUGAUCUCACUCCAGGCUGUAUAAAAAUAUGUAUAUGCUUUUCUUGGAGAUAAUAUGAAAUUUAGCAUAUCAAAACCAAAUAAUGUAAACUUAAAGUUACUGUACUGUAUUGUUAAUUGGUGAAAAAAAUUAGCUGCAUCCUUUCUAAAACAUACCCAAUCAUACAGGGUUUUGUUUUUUUUUUUUUUUUUGGAAUCAAGGAUUGUUUGAGAUUGAUUAAAACUAUAAGAGGUCUAUGCUCCCUUGGUUUAUGUUAGUUGGAACUAUAGCUACUGUAGGAUAUCUCCAGUGGAUAGCAGUUGGUACACAUACCUAUGCAGUACACUUUGGACAGUAUUCUUCUGCUUACUACAUGUAUCUGUAGAACUAUUUUGUCCAAUUUACUAUACUCAGUGUAGAGAUAUGGCCCACUUUGAAGUUAACACAAGGGAUUAAAAUCUAUCAAGCUGACACAGAUAACACCUUUUCUGAAGGAGAGGUUAUUUUUAUUAUACUACUUAAAAAGAACUCUUCCAAGUUCCUACCUUGUGACGUAGUCUUACAUUACACGGUUGGAAGAAAUAUCAAGACUCUGAUCACAGAAAACUCUGUAGUUUUCUUGUCAUAACAAGAUGUUUUACCAAGCCAAACUGCUGACCUGUAGGCUUUUCAGCCAAAGAUAUAAGUUUUAACCAUGUCUCAAAUGAACUAAUCAAUGUAAAUGAAGUAACUUUUGCAGACUCAUUGGAGAUUUGUUUAUAUGUCCACAAAAAUUUGAGACUGCAGUAAUUCAAGCAUGUUAGCUUUUUAGAAAAUGAAUCUGUAGCUAGAUCUGUAUAAAUUGUUAUUCCAGUUUCUGAGAGUCUCAUUGUGAUCGGAAAUUUGCAUAAAGGAUUGAACCUGUUUAGGCAGCUUCUGAAACAAAUCGGUGUAGGAUUUCUUGGCAUAAAUCUAUCUGAUGACUGACCUGAAGCCGUGUCAUGACUACAGAAGUGAAUAUUAAUUUGAGUGAAUAUUAAAUUGAGUGCUGAUUAUGUAUUCACUUAGCAGCUGAAAGGUAGGUCGUGGAAAAAUAAUGUUAUCUGUCUGAACAAAACUUCUUUCCAUGAAUUCAAGGCAAAAUAUUUGCCUAAUCUUCUGUAGUUAAUGUUAGUAUUCUAAUUGCAUAAAAUUAAAGGGCCUUUUGUAAACUUCUAUAGCACUGAACUUAACUAUUCUUCCAUGGUCAGAGAAAUCUUAUGUGAAACUUUUUCAAAAACAGUCUUGGAGUAUUUUCCUGUAACUAUUGAGUUAUUGUUUGUGAUGUGGAUAUCAUUCAGACUUUUCAGUUGUAUUAGUUUGUUAGAUCAGAGCCAUGUAUUUAUAAACUUAUUUCAUUUUUUUGCUCAACCUCUUGGUAUUGAUUAUCCAGUUACUAAUUGAACAUGAUAUUCUUUGACUACUUGUCUUGCUCUCUGAACAUGAUUAGCUGUUUAUAGAACACUUGCACACUGCAGAAGCAACUGCAUGCAGUAAUGCUCUACAGCUGCUAAAGACUUGCAAUGAGUUUCAUUAUAUGUAUAUCCUGUAAUCCUGAGGAUUUUAUAAAAACUAAAAUUUCUACUGCAAUAAAAUGAGUGUUAAAUGUAACUUGCUAGGCUCUUCAAGCUUAUUUUCUCUCUAACAGAACAUACUGAUGCUUGAACCUGGAAGUUGAGCAGAAUGCUUUCCUGUGUGUAUGUGUGCAUGUUCCUAUAUUCCCACUGCUGCUUUUGAAUUGGGAUAUAAUGUCUUGUGCAUUUCUAAAUUAUCUUAUAGGGAAUUUUUGCCUUCUAAAAUGCAAAAAUGUAUGACCCUUUCCUUCAAAAUCUAACCCUAAAAUAAGCACUGCAACAAUGGUAUCUAAUCAGAGCAAAAAAUCUAGACCUACUUAUUACUGUUUCAGUUCCUCUGCACAGUCCUAGACCCUGUUUCAUGUUACGUGAUGUGUUUUUUGACUAGAGACCUCAGACUCUCUUCAGCUCUUUGGACCAAUGUGAUUUAAAGAUUUUAAUUCAGUCAUCUAAGUUGGUCCCCCAUGCUGGGAGUGGAAGGCAAAUAAAUCUGUAGUUAAUGUAAGCAGAAUAACAUGUUACUUCUGAGCAAAUUUUUGUGGUCGGACUGCAGUUACAGGUGCAGUCUACUGUUCCUUAAUUAUAUGAUGUUAUUAAAUUAGAGAUGAGUCUAAACUGGAUCUGAUAUAUUGCAACUGUAACUGAAGGAUGCUAAGUCUUGAGAUCGAACUCUAGGAAUGGAUGAGAAAGAUUAAAAGGAGUAAGUGAAUGACAAUGAGCAAGUUGAGAGUUGGAAGACAGUGCCAUGAAGUAGAACUUAAAUGUGGAUACUGAAUUUCUUGUUAACUCUUUCCAUUAACUCUUAAAAAUGGACUCCUUAAAGAGGAGGAAGAUGUUUCAUAAAUGGGAUUUGAUUUGAUAUGAUUUGGCUAGUAUAUUUGUGGUUUUGCAAGGAUUUGCUUGACAAAUGAGCAACUUGUGGCCUGGGAAAACUUAUCUUCUCUGACGUGCCAGGAAAACAUGGAACAAUGUUAUAAGAAUAAUGUUCAAACUAAAUAAAUAGGGCAACUGACCUGUACUCUGCAUCAGCUUUGAUUUUUACUGCAGCCUUUUGGCUGCCUAAGUGAUAACCAUGCAUUUCCUCAAUACUGGCAAAACCAUUCUGUCCUCGUGCCUGCUUACUUGCCAUGGUUUGUGAUUGCUUCUACACUAAUGAUUAAAUUAGAUAUGAAUUGCUGGUUGUAUCCUAGCUGUGAUACAGAGGCUGUGACAGAAGUCUAUGAUCGCAGAGAAAUUUUGCAACUGACCAUAAAAUGCCUGUCAACCCCAAAUGUGAAGCAGAAGAGUUUUUAUUUUACUGAAAGGUUACCUACCUAGUGUUAGGUAGCUGUUUCCACUGGUAUAAAUCACACUGGUCAUUGCUUUUUGUCAUCUCAGCUUUCAUAAGUGCUGUUGCAUAGAUUCUGUGAGUAGACCCACCCCUUGCUCUGCACAAACAAGUAGAAGUGACGCUCCAGCAUAACAGUUUCUGUUGUCACCUGUAGGUAAAUAAAGUAUCAAGAGCCAAUGGAGACUUUUGGAAUAGCUAAUGCCAGCUGGGAUUUCUUACACACCAAGUAACUCACCAAUACAUCCAUCCUUUCCUUUAUCGCCUUUUAUUUAAUUGUAUACUUUUAUUGUAAUUUCUGUGCUGUCAGUUUUAUAUUUUGCUCCCUUCUUUGAUGGAUGCUUAAGGUGAGCAAUAUCUGUUAAUAUUUUAAGUUGCAUGUUUUAGGGAUUUAAAAAAAAAAUCCAUUACAAUCGUGAGCCACUAUUUCUUCCAACAGUUUUUGAGCUGCUAACUAUAUAUGUUAUAGUACUGUCCAAACAAACAAUGUGUCUGGUUAUUUUGUACAGUCUGUGUUGGACUGUUUCUUUGUUAGGCACCUGUAGUGUAACAUUUGCUGUACAGAUCCCAUGUUUAUUAAGGAAGUAUAGUUCUUAUCCAUUUUACAGACAGGAAUGGAGACAUGGAAGAAAAGAGCACUUUCCUGAGGGGGUGUAAGAGCUCUGGCAGAGCAGGAAAUAGGACAAAGAGAGUUGGACAAGUGCCCAGAGGAAACUGAUUUGUUUCUAUACCACACAUGACUUGUUGGUCCUGCUCCCAAAAUUAUACCAAUUAUGCUGGCUUAAAUACUUAAAAAAGUACUGUACCUUACAGUGCUCAGAUUAAGGGCAGAAAAGACAUUGAACUAGACAGCAUGCCCUGUUAAAGCAGUAUCAAAAACUGAUUUCCACAUGCAAGAGCUAGGUAUGGUCCCUUGUAUCAUCAUCUCUGCACUGAUGAAAAAUAAUACAACAGAACAAGAUGGCAAGCACUUAAUGUGCUAGAUGGUAGUAGGGUAUGCUAAUCUUAUAACUGUCUACAAUUUUUAAUUGCUGCAGUGCAUCUAUUAUGUUUAAACUAUACAUACUGAAAUUGGCUAGCGUAUCAUUGUAUUGUAACUUCUAUUGUGCUGUAAUUUUCUUAAAGUCACAGGAGCAGUCAGGCCUCGCUGUUUUAAAUCGCCUUUUAAGGACAGAACCUUAAGCAAUCCUUUAUUUCAAAGAUGCAUUAUCAGUAUGGAUAAUGUCAUAGAAUUUAAUCUUAAAUGUGGAUUCAAAAAUCUUUCUCAUAAAAUGUCAGCAUUACUUACUAACUUCUCUGCGGAAGCUAGCUCUGUGAUAAUAGCAGAUGUUGUGCAGGUAAGGGAGUUUCAUUGCUUAGUUCUGUGCCAUCCAGAUGGUAUAAACUUUUAAAAUUAAUUGAAAAAUUCAUCUUUUACUUGUAUUCAAGGACUGAGGCACAAAAUGCUAAUGUAAGGGCUCAGAGGGGAAAUAUAGUUCUCCUGCAUAUUUGAAAAAAUGUGAAGCCCUUUCAAGAAAAUCUAAUAAACAUAAUAAUCGCAGGCUGCUGACACUAAGGAAAAAGCACCUCAUUCGCUCUUUCUUUUAUGCAGUGAUUUACUGGUCCCUACUGAUUUUCAAAUUGGAUCACUGCAGUAAAUUAUCCAUACCAGUACCUGUGAAAGAAAGCACUGGGAUCCAUAUUUGUUCAGUGCUGUGCUUAAAUCAGCAAGAAUGAUAAAUUUGAUGAUAUGAAAUUGGAAAUAUCAAGGGCUUUUCUCAGUGAAUGAGCAAGUAUCUCCAUUUGUAAUUUAUUGUGACCCUUUUUCACUGUAUGUGCUUGGUAUGUCAAAUAUUUAUUUUGAAACAAAUUAAAUUGUUUUCUGUAUUGAUA